AUGACGAUGACUGGAGGUUAUCGAGACUCAGGUCUUGGUGGGUUCAGUCAAGUUUUUGACCGUUCGACGGAUGAGGACUGUGCUCUUGGACCUGGGGUGGAUCAUAGCGGUUACCCACUUUGUUGCAAGGAGCAUCGUGGUACCCCGUAA